AUGAUGAAGUUCUCUAUCACUGCAGUUGUGGUGCUGGCACUGAUCCACGGCAGUGGGUCCUUCACUGUGGCAAAGAGAGAUGUCUCCACUGAAGUUGAUAAGCUGACUAAGUAUGUCCAGGAUCUUUCCACCGUAGUAACUAGAGUUACACAUGAACUGGUGGAGAAAGUGAAGAACCAUGAGCUUACUGGCAAGGCCCAAACCUACCUUGAGCAAGGAAAAGUCCACCUGCAGCCUCUAGCAGAUAAGCUUCAGGAGAACCUGAAGCCCCUGACCUCCAGCAUCGAGAAGACACUUAAGCCUUUGACCGACUCUGUGCAGGCACAUGUCGAACCCCUGAUUGAGUCUGUCAUGGAGGAAAUGUGGAAGAAGGCGAUGAGCCGCGUCAAAGCGCUGGUUCCUGCUCAGUAA